AUGGUUACCGUUAGCGAGGCCAGUCGACCCUCCACACCAACAACUAGUGAGACCACGGCAUCGCCGCCCAUCACCCCUCCGGCAACGCCCAUUGCCACCCGUAUAAACACCACCACUAGGUCAACCACCACUACCCCGACAUAUACUCGGACAACCCACAAAACAGAGGAGAAGAUUACCUGGUACACCACGUCUCCCCCUCCGCGAUUGCCAUCUAUUAGAGCAAGCUUUGCGUCAUCUAUUUCCUCGUCAACACCGCCCUGCACACCAACCCCCUCUCGACGAUCGCUCCUAUCAGAACCUGAGCAGCGUUUGAAGGGGGAAGCGACGAUCAAAGUCGACUCACGCGUCUAUCGCGAGAGGCUCGGCCCCAAUGAUCCGCCGAGCACCGGCCCAAUCCCUCACCCAGACGAUUUGAUGGAGGCUCAGGACAACGAGCACAUCCAAGGCUACUAUGUAGUCUUCAAGGGUCAACAGGUUGGGAUUUUUUAUCUGUGGUCGGAUGCGGAUGCACGAGUCACCGGAAUCCGUUAUGGUUCGCAGCACGGCUUCCCCACCUUCGACGCUGCCAAAAAGCAGUAUCGCCAUCACUGGAAUCUCGGCACACUUCGCGCGUGGCCUCGGGCUGGGGGUCCGUUUUGCCCACGUCGUCAAUCCGAACGUGAGUCCCCCUCGCCCAUUGAAGGAGAUGAACAUUGGCGCGGCGAGGAUGACAUCGCCCAUUUAUUGCAGUUUUUGAACCUUCAAGAUAAUCAGGAGGUCGAGGGUGGCGAAUGA